CGAAUAUUAACCCGAACUGUCUCCUUUCCCGGUGGGUCAAACAGUCAAACCAAGUAAUGCUUUUUUUGUUGGCAAAUUCAUGAAAUCAACAUGUGCCAUUGCAAUUUUGCCUCCAAGCGCAUAUAAGUUUCAGUCGACAAGCCGCUCUUCCUCUGCUACAGAGCAAAACACAGUAGAGAGAGAAAGAAGCUAGAAGAGAGAGAGAGAGAGGCAUGGCUUCACGUUCAGAACCCGAAAACCCGUCGCCGAACAUUUACAUACCGCCAGAGUGGUCCGAGGCCGCAGACUGUAUAGCAUACGACUCAGUCACUUCGCCGCCUCCCAUUGCCAUAGUAUGUGGCGCCAAAAACUGCGGAAAAUCCACCUUUUCCCGCUACCUCCUGAACAUUCUGCUCCAGAGGUAUAAAAAAGUUGGUUACUUGGAUACAGAUGUUGGUCAACCUGAGUUUAGUCCUCCUGGUUUUCUAUCUCUCACUGUAGUAGAUGAAGUCACUCCAGAUUUGACAAUCCCACAUCUGAAGACACCGGAGAGAUGUCUUUUCUUCGGUGAUGUUUCUUCGAAGAGGAAUCCUACAACAUACUUGAAUUAUAUAUUUGCUUUAUAUGAUUACUAUCAGAAGGAAUACUGCUUGUUUGACAAGAGUGCUAGCCCUUCUAAAGUUGGAUUGCCUCUUGUUGUGAAUACUCCUGGCUGGGUGAAAGGUGUUGGUUAUGAUAUAUUGGUGGAUAUGUUGAAGUAUAUGGCCCCUACCCAUGUUGUUAAAAUAAACAUAUCUGCUGAGAGUAAGAAUCUACCAUGUGGGGCAUUCUGGUUAGAUGAGGAUCAUGAUGGGAUGCUAAAUCUAAUCGAGAUCAAUUCAGCUCGUCAGGACUCUUUCAAUAGAUCGGUUCUAGUACAAAAGGACGCACGCCUGUUGCGUGAUGUACGAAUAAUGGCUUAUUUCAGACAGUGCUUUUCAAGUAACCUGAACAUUACUACUAUUAAAGAACUGGCUCAUGCUUUGGCCUCUCACCCUCCUUAUGAAGUUCCAAUAUCUAGCAUUAAGAUUAGACAUCUGCAUUGCCAGGUCCCAGGUUCUGAGAUCUUCUAUAGUUUGAACGCAACCAUUGUUGGCUUGGCAGUUAGCUCUGAAGGAUCGAAAGAUUUACCUUGGUGUGUUGGUCUUGGAAUUGUGAGAGGCAUUGACACAUUCAAAGGCUUGGUAUAUGUGAUAACACCUGUUCCAAGAGGCACUCUGGAAAAGGUCAAUCUUCUUCUGCAAGGUUUUAUCCAAAUUCCUACUGGUUUGUUGCAGGUCCAGGGGUGCAUAUCACCUUAUAUGUCUGCGAAUGUUUUGUCUGCAAGCUAAGCUCAUCCACAGUUGCUUGGGUUUCAAAUGACCUCGUUUGCAGUCAUUAAGCUAAGUAGUUUCCUGCUGUUCAAGAGAUGGGCAAGCAAUGUGGCAGCCCCCUGUUUUAUGUAAUUACACUUGGAUUUGAUCGUAAAGAAAAUAUCAAGGGUAUUAUGUUUAUACUAUUGGGCAGUGGUGAUUGCACAAUUAAGCCAAUUGUUGUAACAAAAUUACAUUUUUGUUGAAGCUCUUACGCAUAUCUAAAAGAACACAUAUUACUUGA